AUCACAUCAAAUAACCGAAAUUCACUGAUAAAUGUAACAUUUAUAGCACCAAAACUUUUAUAAGAUUUUGAAACUUGGUUGCGUCCUGUCAAAAAUCAUUGAAAAAGUGUCGCCAACGUUGAAACUAUAAAAAAAAAAUUUCAAAAAUAAUCUCAAUAAAAUUGCUCCAAAUCUAAAUGCUAAAAAAUAUCUUUUCUAGUCAUUUCAAGCAGACUUAAACAAAUCGAUCAAACUUCAAAAAUUGCCAUACAAAUUUGAAUUUAGCGCACAUAUUUCAAAUUUGGACUUUGACAGUUUCGCGUUGUUGUUUGACAAUUAAAUGACAAUUGAAAAAAGUUCGUCCCUAACCUCAAACCCAGCCGCACUAUGUGACAAAAUUGCACACAACCAUGUAAAAACAGACUGAUUUAUCGCCAGUAUCAUUCGAAAAAGUGUAAAAGAUGAAAUCGAAAGUGCAACUAAUAUCGCAGAUAAAAAAAGAGCACCGGAAGACUCACAUGCACAUCCCGCUGAUUUUCGUCCUGCUGUCCACACUUGUUUUGUCAGUAUUAUCCGUCAGCGACCUCGACUGGGAGGCUAAAAUUUCGAUAAAAAGGGGCUUUUCGUUGUUUUGCUACGGAUUGGUGUUUUUCACCGUUUUGUACAUCGUCAGCAACAAUCUAAUGUUGCGCACCUCUCUGGGCCAAAAGUUCGUCAAGACUUACAAACUUUCAGUGGCAGAUGUCUACGAUAUCAGCAACAAACAAGUCUCAGCCGUCCAGGCCCUCUUCUGCUGCAUCACGGGGGUGACCAGCUGCACCUAUUCCUGCACCAGAGACAUGCUCCACACCUCUCACUACAUCUCAGAGGCGUACGCCUGGUUUGGGGCUGCCUAUUUUUUCUACGACAUUUGGUCCAUGUACAAAGUUCACAAUGCUAAAAUUGUGCAAGUCAGCAUGAACGGCGAUGGUAAACGUUCAGGUGUUAAUUUUUUCAGUUAUUUGCAAACCCAUGCGGUCAUCGUGGGACAUCACAUUUUUAUAGGCGGCUUCGGGUUUUUAGUCAUAACGUAUUUGCGAGGGGGCCUCGGUGACUGUUUCUUUGGUUUCGUGUACCUGAUGGAGGCUAGUACUCCUUUUGUGUCCUUGAGAGGUAUCCUUUCGAAGAUUGGGAUGAAGUCUUCAAUUUUGUAUGUCAUUAAUGGCCUUGUGAUGUUGGGGACUUUUUUCGUCUGUAGGGUGGCAAUGUUCCCGUAUGUGAUUUACUUGUAUGCAAGAAGCGUCGAUUUGGAUUACUUUUCGGCGAUUCGAUCGUUACCAACUGGAUGUAAAGUUAGCAUUGUAACGUUGCUCCUGCCCCAAGUCUAUUGGUUUUUGUUGAUGGUUAAAGGUGCUUCGCAAGUGCUCAAGGGGAAAGUGACCAAAAAAAAGACAUUGAAGAUGCAUUAAACCUGUAAUCCGAGCUUAGUGCUUUAUAUUAACGAUUUGAUGACCAGAAAAAAGACGAAUUUACGUGGAUAAUGAGCUAUUUUUGGAUAAUGUUUAACACGUCGCAUCAAUGUCGUUAUUUACUGUGAUUGUUGUUUUUUUGUUUAUUUAUUGAAAUGGGUUUGUGCUCGAUUCAAAGACUACUCUUAUUUUGCAUUUCGCACCUAUUUUCGUGCAGGGCACAAACUUGUUGAAACGUACCUUUUUGUAAUUAUUAACAUUUAUUAUUGUUUUGUAAGUCACUAAGUGUAGGAAAAAAUAAAGCGAUAUUACAAAAAAAAAA